CAGCACAAGAAGAUUAUAUAAAUUACUUCUACUUCCUAAGCUCACUACCUUUGUACCUUCAAUCAUGAACAUUAUAGCAACUAUUUUCCUAUUUCUACUCCCGGUAUUCCUCCUCCUUGUUCGGAGGAGGAGAUCAUUGAAGAGGGUUCCACCAGGAUCCCUUGGAAUUCCAAUCAUCGGUCAAAGUCUUGGGAUGCUAAGGGCAAUGAAAGCCAACACGGCAGAGAAAUGGCUUGAAGAAAGAGUACAAAGAUAUGGUCCUAUCUCAAAGCUAAGCCUCUUUGGCAAGCCCACUGUAUUCAUUUAUGGACAGGCUGCUAACAAGUUUGUAUUUACCAGUGAUUGCUCUGUUCUCACUAAUCAGCAGCCACAAUCAGUCAAGAUGAUUCUGGGCAAUCGUUGCCUUUUGGAACUCAAUGGUGAAGAUCAUAAACGGGUUAGAGAUGCCCUGGUAUCAUUCUUGAAGCCAGAUUGUCUUAAGCGUUAUGUUGGAAAGAUGGAAGAAGAAGUCAGAAUCCACCUCGAGACUUACUGGAAAGACAAGCAAAUAAUUAAGGUAUUACCUUUGAUGAAGACACUCACCUUCAACAUUAUUUGCUCUCUCCUUUUCGAGCUUGAGCGUGGAUCUCAAAGAGACCAAAUGGUUCAUUAUUUCCAGCAGAUGAUAGAAGGGGUGUGGUCAAUCCCUAUAAACUUGCCUUUUAUGCGUUUCAAUCGAAGCCUCAAGGCAAGCAAAGAUGUCCAGAAAAUGCUGAAACAACUUAUUUCUGAGAAACGCCAUGAGUUUGACAACAACUUAGCUUCAUCCCACCAGGAUCUCAUCACCUGUUUGCUCAGCAUCCGUGGAGAGAACAACCAAGAACUCGUAUCUGAAACUGAGAUCAUUCACAAUGUCAUGCUCAUAAUGGUUGCUGGAUAUGACACUUCAUCCAUCUUGAUUACUUUCAUCGUAAGACUUUUAGCAAAGAAUCCAAACAUCUAUGCAGCUGUCCUUAAAGAACAAGAAGAGAUAGCACAGAUCAAGUCACCUGGAGAGUCCCUAACUUGGGAAGACCUUGGCAAGAUGAAAUACACCUGGAGAGUGGCAAUGGAAACAAUGAGAAUGUUCCCACCCAUUUUCGGAAACUUCAGGCAGACUGUAAAGGACAUUGAGUAUGGUGGCUACCUCAUUCCGAAAGGAUGGCAAAUAUUCUGGGUAAUGGCUAAAACACACAUGGAUAGCAGCAUUUUCCAAGAACCAGAGAAAUUUGAUCCAGCACGUUUUGAGAACUCAGCAUCUUUGCCUCCUUACAACUUUAUUCCAUUCGGAGGGGGAGCCCGCAUAUGUCCUGGAUACGAGUUUGCGAAGAUUGAAACCUUGGUCACAAUCCAUUACCUAGUAACACAUUUCACAUGGAAGCUAUGCUGUACAGAUGAUUUCUUCAGCAGGGACCCAAUGCCGGUACCAACUCAAGGACUUCCCAUUCAAAUAGUUCCCACGAAACCUCUAUGAUUCAAUAAAUUCAAUCAUACAAUCAUACAUGCUUAUUCAACAGGAAGCGAGUUUUGUAAACCUCAAGACUCCAUAUUAUGAUAUA